CCCCCCCUCACCCCUUUCCUUUGCCCCCAUCCCGAGCCCUGUCAUGUCUGUCGCCAACGUCCUCCGGCCCACCUUUAACCUGGCUCUUCGGCCGCGGCUCUUCGCCACCGGCACUUUCGCCGCCUACCGCGUGUCCUUCGGCUUCAAUCAAACGGGCGGAGUCCGGUCCGCGCAGCUGCCCGAGAGGCUCCUCAUUCAGGAUGUCUCCUUCUCGGUGCAGCCCGGCUCGGCGGUCCUCCUCCAUGGCCCCAACGGCUCGGGCAAGACCACGCUCAUGCGGCUGGCCGCCGGUGAGUUGAUCCCCACGUCCGGGAUAUUCACCUGGCGCGGGCAGCCAUUCACCCAUGCGGCGGACCUCAGCAAGUGGGCGCACCAGCACAUGGUCGAGAUGCCGGCCCUCAAUGACGGCAUGAGCAACCUGCUCACCGUGCGCAUCAUGAUGCGGAUUUUCUCCCUCCGCCGUGGCUUUGGCGGCAAGGAGAUUGAUGAGGCUCUCCACAUGUUCAAGAUCUACCAUCUCCGCAAUCGGAGAAUCGGCACCCUCUCCACUGGGCAGCGACGCCUGGUGGCAUUCGCCAACAUGUGGGCCUCCCAGCGACUCAUUUGGCUGUUGGACGAGCCGAACAUUGCCCUUGAUCUCCGCUCGCAGGCCGGCAUCGAGGAGGCCAUUCGCAUGCACCGCGAUCGUGGCGGCAUCGUCAUCGUUGCCUCCCACGCAAACAUUGUCCUCGAAGACGCCGUGUCCAUCCGUAUUCGCUGAUGCGGAUCCUGGCUCGGCUGCCGCCGACCCCGACCCCCUCCCGUCAGCCCUUCUCCCAGCCGGGCGCACAAUCCCCCCUCCCCUAGCCCUCUUCCCAUUGUUUUCCUCCCCCUCUCCCCCCUUUAGACCGCGCCCCCGGAGGAGAAGGGAGCCCAGUGGUGGGGCUGCGCGCGCCCUGCUCGAAAGUAACAUGCAAAAUACACCCCACCCCUUCGAA